AUGAGCUUGCGACGCUAUACUAGAGGCAUUGAUGGGACCAUACCGGUGCAGGCGUUGCUGUAUGAGGAUGAAGACCUCCUUGCGUCUCAGGAACACAUAGGGAUUUAUGACGGCACAGAGAAGUCUGCACCUCACCAAUCUGGUACCAUCCAUGCUACCACCCAUCGCCUAUUCUACAUCGAUACACCCCAACCCGAAACGCGUUCAUUCGAGCUUGAAUUAGCUCAAGUAGCGAGAACGGAGCACUACGCGGGCUUAUUCACGAGUUCACCCAAAAUCACACUUUAUCUGCAUAUAAUCAGUCUCAAUGUUGGCUCGGAUGCCGACAACAGUUCGAAUGCACCAGGGAGUCAAGUCUCAUCUGAGGAUCCUGCAUUCAGAUCAUGGACAUGCGAAGUUUGCAGUUACCGCAAUCCACCGGGGCUAAGCCCCGCCGCGUCUCGUAUAUGUGCUCUGUGUGGUGUACCUCGGUCGUCUGCACAGUCGGCUAUCACCAUUCCCACCAAUUCAGCGUCAUCAUCGAAUCUUAGCCUUCUCUCGACGUCGCUCCCUCCGUCCUCGCUUAAUCUGUCGCGAUUGACACUGUCCUCUUCUUCAUCACCCGCACCUGGGAGUCCGCACACGAGCGGCGGGAAUGAAGAAAUCGCCUGUAUAGUUUGCACGUUUCUGAACCAUCCUACUCUAGCGACUUGCGAGAUGUGCGGAACUCCACUGCCGAAGCACUCGGUUCAGUGGCCUGCAUCUCAUCCACAGGCCAAGUCGGCUCCUGCCUCGCGACCAACGUCCCCAAGUGCGGAUCACCCAGACAGGAAGCGCGCAGAUGCCCCAGGAUCACGGAUGAUUAGACUUAGCUUCCGCAAAGGUGGAGACAAGGCUUUUUACGCUGUUUUGAGACGUAGCCUAUUGGGGAAGGGAUGGGAGAUCAGGAGCAUCAAGAAAGGCUCCAAGGCCGGUGGGUCUGCCACUGCUCCAACACACUCCGCCACUCUGUCGGGUAUCAGUGCGUCGACAAUCCUGACCAUCUACGAGCUGCUAUUGACCGAAUCCGUUUUAUCGAAACAUCUAGAUGGCAUCCUGCGUACCGUUGAGUCAACCGCUGCCACAUCUCAGACAGACAUGGAAGACGCUCUCAAAGACCUCGAAGCACUUAUGGUGAAAUGGAGAGAUAUGGUCAAGCUUGCGCAGGAUCUCAAUGAGCGGCUUACUGCUGCGUCCGCAUCCACAUCCACCUCGACCCCACCAACAGGAGCGACUGUCACAAGUGCAGAAGGCGCUGCAGCGACAAUGACGACACAGGCUGUCGAACCUGAGGAGGCAACAUUCAUCAGAUCGUCACUCGCCCAGCUUGGGCUGCAGAUGACCAACGCGCCAGUGACGCUCGACAUGAUUCGCGACGAGCGACGAUGGAUCGAGGAGCUUGCGCGGGAGCUUGCGGGUGUGUUACAGGGAAGCGGCGAACGCGAUAAAGGAGAAGGAAUCAUGCGUACGCGCGGCAUUGUAGGCUUGGACGAGGUUUGGGGUGGCUGGAAUCGUGCACGGGGCGACGCACUUAUCCCGCCAUCGACGUUUCUGCUUGUUUUGCCUCAGCUUCCCGGUUACACAUCACCCCCAAUCCAAAUGCGCACGUUUUCAGCGUCUGGGUUGUCGGUGCUGCACACUCCCCCAUUUACAACAGCUGCCUUUACCUCUCGCUUGGUGGGAUUGAUCUCGCUUGCUGGCCCUAGGACUGUUGUCGAAAUUGCCCAAGAAGAAGCUCUUCCAAUCGGUCUCGCUCAAGAAAUGGUGAUCGAGGUAGAGGAUGUGGGCGAGAUAUGCAGAGAUGAGGGUGGACCAGGUGUAAAUGCUACAGGUUCGUCAAACAGGUCAUGGCACAAAGAUGGCUGGGAGGUCAGCGGGGAAGUGCGAUGGUGGGUUAACAUCUUCCGAGACUAUGAAUGGGACGGGCAUGAAGACCAAUGA